AUACUCCUUGAAUUCCUCAUCUUCUCUUGCAUGUACCAUAAUUAAAUCAUGCUCGGUCUAACUCCCAUUCACGACUACAUAUAUAUAUAAAAAAAAAAAAAACUCAUAUAAAUGCAUCCCGUCUUGAACAACGAAAUCUUCUUAUUUCACUGGUACAAAAUAUAAGAAAAAAAUGAAAGCUUCUUUGGUCGUUCUGUUGGUGUGUUGCAUGUUUGUUGUCACAGCGUUCAACCCCGAUCAUUAUCCGUCAGUGAAAAACGGAAACAUCGAUCCGUUCACCAAACAGAGUCCAACUACAUGGAUGCUUACCAAGAGAUGGUCUCGCUCGGAUAAGAAGAAGCGUCGGGAUUGCCGAAAUCGAGUGUGCUCUCUGUAUUUGAAAAAGUGUCCAAAAGCAUGUCCGCAAUCUUGUGGUUAUCUGAACUCGCCUGAUCCCUGUUGUCCGUUGCUGGGUAAACCAACAUGUCCUGAUUAUUGAAUAAAAUAUAAAGAAAGUUCAUGCUUUUUUUAUUUAUUUGUUCUCUUGUAAAAUAAAUGUUAUAGGAGAGACAGAAAGAAAGAGAGAGAGAGAUAGGAGUAGAGGAGGGAUAUGCUAAUAUUAUGUGUAAGCGUGUGCUACGAAACACACAAAA